AUGGCGACACGUUCACUUAUCAUCGAUCUUUUCAAAAGCCCCAAUGGAACAUCGUAUGGUGUUCUUAUCGCUGUCUUCAUUGUCGUUUUGACUACAGGUUUCGCUUCUAAGUUAUUCAUUUGCUGUUAUCGAUUAGCUUUGUGGAUUGAUUUUAUGUUGAACCUAAUGUCGCCUAUCAGAUCAAUGACGUGUGCUUUAUGAUCAGUUUCCCUUCAUUGAUCGGUUCGUUGAUCUAUAUCAAUAUAUAUAUAUAAAAGGGAAAGCAUUAAGCAAGCUGAGUUCACUGAAAUUCAGGAUAAUUUUCUUAAUGACAGGCAACCGGCUACUUGGUGUUGCUGAAAUCAAACAAUAACUUUCGGAGACUGAAAAAGAGAAAAAAUCGUGUUUGUGAAAACACAGGUUGAUUAUUUCAAUUUAUUUUCCUUGAAUUCUAUCCCGGAGAAACUAGAGGUAAUUCUCAUUUUUUUUUCUCUUGCAGUCCUUUACCUUUUGUUUGGUAGGAGUCGAUCUAGAGGACGUGGGAUCCUGUUUGUUGGACUAACAGAUGCUGGCAAAACGCUACUCUUUAGCAGAGUAAGCUAAAAAUUUUGAACCCUUCUCUUCUCUGUCAUCAAAAAGUUAUAACUUUUCAGGUUAUUGAUAGUCAUCGCCUGCUUUCCUGAGCAGGGACUGAUGUAAAAAACGCUCAAAUUAAGCUGAUAUUGAUAUGAAAUUGACAGCAAUAUUUUACAUCUAUUUAAAGCUGUCAACAUUCUGUUUGAUUAUUAGUAAAUCACAUAGCUAUAGAUAAUGGGCACUCCAGUCAAAAAUUCCUUUCACUCAUGAAACAUUCAUAGCACCUAUUUAGAACUAGAAAAUAUUUCAUUAUGUUGAAGAGGGUAUGUUAGAAUACAGGUAAAAUGUAUAUUAAAAAAUUAACCUAUACCCUUUUUUUCUCAGCUAUCUAGUGGAAAACAUGUGAUGACACACACUUCAAUAAAAGAAAACAAAAACCUUUAUAAAGUAAAAGGCAGAAAGGUAAGAAGCUUUCCCAGUUAAGUUUACAUGUAAAUGUGUCUUUUUAAAUUACAGAUCCAUUCAUGCAGGUCUGAUAACUGCAUAUGAUAAUCUGCCAUGAUUGUAGCUAGAAAGUCACUUUUGUUUUCAUUAUAACUAAGUAUAAAGUAUAGAAGGGAUUUUUAAACCAAAUAGAAAUAAAAGAAAUGAGAUAAUUGUAUCUAACAGUAAAUACUAGUUGGUAACAUGGUCUUAUCCUUUGACUGAAUAUUUUUUACGCUGGAUAACAGAUGCCUGUCAAAUGGUUCAACCAGGCUAACAAUUUUCUAGUCAAAGCCUAAAUUUUUGUGGCAGUUGUUUGAUGACCAACUUUUUUACAGCCUUGGUCAUUAUCACCAACAACACCAUUCAAGUUAAAGUAGAUUAGCUCAUACUUUUUAACUGACAUUUUUUUUACUUAAAUCCAGUGGGAAGGUUUAAUAGAGAAAAUUAGUGACUGUUUGGGCCAGGAUACUUUCUUUAAAUUCAAGUAUAAAUCUUCGACUGAGAAAUGGUAAAAGUAAAUAAUCCUAUUGUUUCCAAGUUGAUUGUUUAAAUAUGUCUUCAUCAACAUGUUUCUUGUUAUUUUAUACUCAGAGUGGCAAGACACUGGAUCUAAUAGAUUUACCUGGUCAUGAGAGAGUGAGGUCAAGAUUUGUAGAACAAUACAAGAGCCAGACAAGGUAACAAGGACUCAGAAGAUAUAUGUAACAUAAGAAAACUAAGCUCCAGAUGGACAAUGAAAUAAUUGUCAAACCAAGAAUUCUUUUGUUUCCAUCCAAUUAGUUCUCUUUGGAAACUUUGAGAGCUGUCUUCAGAUCCCUUUUUUUUUUUUUUUUUUGCUAUGACAUUUCACAAAUGUUUAGACAUUGUAGUCUUCUUGGAUAACAAUGUGCAUCUUUGCUGUACUGUUUAGCAGGUGACCUUAAAGAUCCCACAAACAUCUUGUUAAAUAUGUGAAACAUACAUGUAACUCCUGGUGUUGUGUUCUGGUAUUGUUACUGCUUAGAUAGACCAUCAUUUGAACCAGCAUUAAAGCUGAACUGGACCACCCUUUUUACACAUCUCAGAUAAAUAAAUAAAUAGAUAUUUGUCCCUAAUUGUACUAAGUGGUCCAUUCGCCUAUAAUAUAUUUUCAAUUGGUUUCUGAAACAGUAAGUAACUAGGAGUGUUAAUUAGUUGGUUGCCAAUCAAUCUAAGGCUACCACCACCCACCCCUCCCCCCUCCCUCCAUGUCUCAGCUUAUCAUCAGGUUUCUUAUGAUGUUCAGUUGUACCCAUUAAUACUUAUGGUACUUAUGGAUAAAGAGUUUCUUGCCCAAGAACACACCACAAUUUCCUGGCUUGGCUUGGACUGGAGGCAAGACCUUUCUAAUCCUUACUUGACAGGAUGAUACUUUUAUUGUAAUCUGACAUGCUUUAAUGAAUCUUGAAUUUAAUGUAGCAGUGUCGCAAGUUUGAAUUAAAAACCUUUACUUUCUCAAAUAAACACCAAUUAAUACUUACAGUUUUUAAUUUGUUUUUAUCAGAGGGAUCUUGUUUGUUGUUGAUAGCGUCAACUUUCCACGAGAAGCAAGAGAUGUGGCAGAGUGAGUGUUGCCUAUAUAAUAUAUUUAAUACAUGUUAAGAAAGCAUUAAUUUGUACAUUGCCAUGAGUAAGAGUAAACAUCUUUUCAAAGAAAACCUUGUGUAUGCACUAUUUCUAUUGAUAUUUAAAAAAAAUUCAGCUUAAGAAUUGUGUACCUCUUUUUUCUGGAUUUAAGUUUGCAUCUUAAGAAAAGAAACAUUUUUAUGAAACUAAAUUUUAGCUGCAGGAGACUUCUAAAAACACAUGAAGUAAAGGAUUUUUCAUACUUGCAGUGACCUUAUGACUUCAAAUUUUGAAACUUCUGCAGUUUCAUGUAACUCAAGCCUGAGAAAGGUAUCAUUUUUGGGGUGUAGAAACUCCAGACAGUCCAUUUCUAACAAAUAGAAAAUAUCCUCAGCCAAUAAGCUGCUAAUGCAGCUUAUGAUGGUCUAAGUAUCCAUCCACACCUUAAAUAACACCAUGUUUAAAUACCCCAUCAUUCAAAUAAAAAUAGGUAAUAACAUGAUUUGGAGUCCAAUUUAGGGUAAAUAAGCACAAGUCAUGUAAAUUUUUCAAAGAUAACAAAAUUGCAGGAGCCCUUAUGGUGCAUUCUAUUUUUAGUCUGAAAAAUUUUGUAAGUACUAAUUUUACCAAAUUGAAAGAGAAAUCAUGUUAUUACCUGUUAAUAAUGUACAUGAAAAAGCAUGGCACAAAGUCAUGACAGAUAAAAUUUUGAAAGCAUGUGUGGGUUAUUUGUAACUUGUACUUGUGUUACAACUUUGCACUCAUGUUACAACUUUGCAUUUGUGUUACAUGAGAAUGCACUUGUUUUCAACCAAUCAGAAGUGCAUAGUUUUUUCAUGUACAUUAUUACAUAAUAAUAUAUGUGAUAAUAAAGAACACCACAAUUUGAUACAAUUUACAGAAUACUGGCAGAGUUUCAAAUAAGCAGCAUUUUUUUAUCAUGUCUGUACUGAGUUGUAGCUUAAAAUCUUGUCUGACCUUUGUAUAGGAUAAUGUAUGACAUUCUUGGUGACAAGUAUUUAUCCAGAUCUGCUUCCUCUAUCCUGGUUGUAUGUAACAAACAAGGUGAGCUUGUCAGGGAAUCUCCUGAAUUAAUUCUUUCCAAUAAACUGACUGAUACAGCAAUAUUAAUUCUGAUGGGUUUCUGUAAGUAAACUUAUUCAAAUAUUGCCUACAACUUCAAUUUGUAACAUCAUUUCUUACGUUACAUUCCAUAAAACCUUUUUGAUAUAAAAUACUUACAUAACAAAAUUCGUCAAGGAUGAUUUGGUCCAUCAAUUUAUAGAUGGUUACCUUUUCAUAUAACUGUCCCUUUACAAAAAAAAAACAUUUCAAGUUUUCUCCCAACAUUCCAAAUUGGUUAUUAUGUGACUGGUAAACUGAUAGAAAGUGCAGCCAGUUGUUUUCUUUAGAUAAACUUAAAGCAAAACUCAUUAUUUUUUAAUUUACUAGUGCAAUAAAUGAUAGGUUUUUGACCAAUCAUGAUGCUUGUAGCAUGUAGUUUUGUAGUGACUCAUAAAUUUCCUUUUCAGACCUUACAAUGGCCAAGUCGCAGAGUGUAAUAAAAUCUCAGCUGGAAAAGGAAAUGUAAGAAAAAUCUUUCACUUUUGAUUGGUUUGACUCCUUCAUUGCAUUGGGUGAUAAUCUGACCUCAUUUCAGUGUUUGCAUUUCAUUGGUUGCAUAAUAUCUAAUAUUUUCAUAAUUUACUCUCUGUGUUGUAUAACCUGCUACAUUUGAUACUUGAUUGAUUGUCUUAAUUUUGGCAACAAAAUGUUUUCUGGGGGAAAGGUUGUGAAGCUGUGAGAAUUGAUCACAUCAUGGCUGUCAAUUUUAAAGGUCCUAUGAUCUUAGCAAAAAAACAAAGUAUUGUUUGAAGAAUGAGGUAUUGUACUUUCUUGUACAUGCACCAGCCUCCUUUACUUUCCAGAAUUCAUGAGGUAAGGUUUAAAUUUCUCUCAGGUUUCGAAGAAAGCUAUGAGGAGGGAAACGGGAUGCUAUACGAUCACAGUCCCACCCCCUCUCCCCUUUUCCCCCUUUUCACCCUCUUCCCCCCCUCCACUCUAGUGUUCUCUCAACUUUCUCUCUUAUUUUGCCCGUACAACUGUACUUCUCUCUACUUCUAGUUGAAGUGGGGCUCUGUGAGGGUAAAUAAUCUGUGGUAGUGGAUAAAUUGGUAAAGAAUUAAAAGCUGUCUUUUUCAAUCUGGAGUCCAGGCAACUGCUCCCUCUACAUGGAUUAAGCUAACGGCUAGACGUUCUUGUUUAUUGUUUUAUUAGCAACACACUUCGCGUCACGCGUGCCGCUGCCCUACAAGGACAAGAUGGCGGCCCAACCAAUGACGCUGCGUAUGUCGGAAAGAAGGGCAAGGAUUUCGAGUUCAGUCAUGUGUUACCGCUGACCGUGGAGUUUGCAGAGUGCAGUGCCAAGGGCCAAGUAGAGGGAGAGGCUGACAUCACUUCUGUGGAAAAAUGGCUGGAAAAGAUCGCAUGAAUUGAUGCUCUGUUUGUGAGAAGAAACUGUGUUCAAGAAUCUUGAAGAUGAAAUUAAGAAAUAUACAGUAAAGUAUCGAGAGUAAAUGCAGGGCUGCUUUUGUUUUCCUUUUCUACACUCUGCAAUUAGUCUCGAAAACUCAUAUCACCUUCCAAGCCAAUCAGACGCAAAACUAAAACUACUUGCGAGUUUACCACUAAAUUUUCACGAGCUAGAACGCGUUUAAAUCUUUUCCCCUCAGUUAAGUUGCCUGCUCGCGAUAUUUUACAAUACUACGAUAAGCCUUUGUGAUAACUACGGUUUUGGCUUCGCGACUGUUAUUUUCCGUUUGGUUUGUUUAAGUAUCUCUUAUCUGGAUAUUCCUGUAAAGUUUAAUGCAGUAAUGUUAUCACUCACACAUACGGAUUAGAGAAGCGGAUAAAAAAUUAAAGUAUCUGUAAACUUGUUUCAGCUAUUUUAAAUUGUAAAGGUAGUGUGAGCCCUCGCUACAGAAGUUUAGAAGGC